GCGGAAAGAAGAGAGGGGAAGAGGGAAGAAAGGCUAGUGCGGACCUAGGAGAAGGAUGUGGGCAGGGCGGAGGGCGUGGCGUGGCCAGAAGGAGGAUGGGAUUGGAGGGAGUUCGGGGUGGAUAGGCCGAGGGGCUGGCGGCACGAGGCGUGCUGGCCCCGCCCCCAGAGGCCUUUGGAGUGGGCUGGAGCGCGGGCCACCGCCUCCCUCAGUCCCGCUGUGCAGGCAGAGAGUAGUUUUGGUUCGGGAGGGAUCCCAAGCGGGCCGGAGCGAACGCGAGAGCUAGUGCGAGUGCGGGAGGUCGAGCAGGCGGAGGCGCGCGGCCGGACCAUCAGCGAGUACCCCGCGGACCCCGAGGAGCCCAAACCUGGCCAUGGCGUUGUCGAUGCCGGUGAAUGGGCUGAAGGAGGAGGACAAAGAGCCCGUCAUCGAACUCUUCGUUAAGGCUGGCAGUGAUGGUGAGAGCAUAGGAAACUGCCCCUUCUCCCAGAGGCUCUUCAUGAUCCUUUGGCUUAAAGGAGUGGUAUUCAGCGUCACAACUGUAGACCUGAAAAGGAAACCUGCAGAUCUGCAGAACUUGGCUCCAGGGACUCACCCACCAUUUAUAACUUUUAACAGUGAAGUCAAAACAGAUGUGAACAAGAUUGAGGAAUUCCUUGAGGAAGUCUUGUGCCCACCUAAGUACUUAAAGCUUUCACCAAAACACCCAGAAUCAAACACUGCUGGAAUGGACAUCUUUGCCAAAUUUUCUGCAUUUAUUAAGAAUUCAAGGCCAGAGGCUAAUGAAGCAUUGGAACGGGGUCUCUUGAAAACCCUGCAGAAAUUGGAUGAUUAUCUGAAUUCUCCCCUUCCGGAUGAAAUCGAUGAGAACAGCAUGGAAGACAUUAAGUUUUCCACCCGUAAAUUCCUGGAUGGCAACGAGAUGACAUUAGCUGAUUGCAACUUGCUGCCCAAACUGCACAUUGUCAAGGUCGUGGCCAAAAAAUAUCGCAACUUUGUUAUCCCGAAGGACAUGACUGGCAUCUGGCGCUACUUAACUAAUGCCUACAGCAGGGAUGAGUUCACCAACACCUGUCCUAGUGACAAGGAAGUGGAAAUCGCUUACAGCGAUGUAGCCAAAAGACUCACUAAGUAGUAAUGCAGCGCUGAGGAGAGGGACGCCUUCACGUCGUCCUCCCUUUAACAGAACACGCUUCUUAACAGACAGCUCCUCUUCCUCUAAAGCAGACCUUUAUUCUGCAUGGCUGUGCAGUUACUCAAAACUAGGAGAAAGGAUAGGCCAGGGACAGUAGCUAGCAGAAAUACAUACUCCUACAAAGUGUUUAAAUGGUCUUUUUCAGUGUGUGUGGUUUUUUUUUAAAUUUUUAACCCCAUUUUUUCCUGCUCCCUCCAAAUUCUGUUAAGUUUGGAGACACUCUUUCACAACAAUGUCUUCAUCUCCAGGAGUUUAUCACCUUUUCAGGACAUUCACUCUUGUGUCUGCGCCCUAUCAGUGACACAGUGACAAAGAACAGGAUCUAAAGAACACUAUUAAAGUGAUGAUUGGAACUUCACAAGUCAACCCCAAAGGGUUGAACCCUUGAUAGGUGGUACACGGGAUACAUAUGGAUUUGAGCAUUCCUAAUUAUGAGCAAGACUGUGCAGAAGGGCUGCUACUGCAUCAGCGACAUCCAGCUGUACCCAGCUAGUCUACCUGUAUAUGUAUUAACGGACUUACCCUGCUCCCAGAGGAAGACAACCUUUUACAGACCAGCUUUUCCCAGUUUUGUUUUGUAGUGGAACCUUUUUUCUUCCUUUUUUUUCUCCUAAAAGCAUUUAUUAAUUUCUUUAUUCCAGUUGUAACCUGCCUGACAAUAUAGUAUAAACAGAAUGUUUGUAGGGAGAGCUAGUGGUGUUGAGAUCUUCCUGAAAUAUCAUGUGGGCGUCAGGUCUUCUAGCUAAAUCUAACUUUACGUUAUUAGUCCCAACAGGAGAGCCCAAUGCCAUUUGUUUGAAAACAGUAUUGAAGUCUUCUCUUUGGUUUGAAUUGAAACAGGCUUCUUUUGAGAUGGCAAAGAACCUUUGCCCUUUCUAUGUCUUUCAUGAAAAUUGUUGUGAAUAAAUUCACUCAUAGGCUAGAAUCUAGGUGAUGUAGAUAAUAUAUGUAGUGAUAGAAGUGCAAUGAUAAGCAACAUGAGCCUGGACCUUUAAGGGAAACAUCAGAAGGACCCCGAAGGAAGUGUCUUCUUCUGGUUUGGCCUGAGGAGUGUGUUGGGUAUCAGUGGCCUCGCCUGCCAUUCCAGGAUGUGUUGUCGAUCCUACAUAGACCUUCUCCUAGCCGCUGGCCCAGACUCAUUGAUAGGAUCAGUGUGCAAGCACGAACACAGGGAGAUGGCAAUCUGGUGUUAUUGUGAUCAUGCCUCAUUCCCCUGCAGCCACACUGAAAAAUAGCCCUACAGCUCUAACACCCACCACCAGUCCAAAAGAAUGGAUGCUAUUUUAAGUCAGAGGUCAGCUUUGUUUUCCUGAGGGAUGAAGAGCAAAUGGGUUGGGGAAAGGGGAAUAUUUGCAGUGUUUAUUAAUCUAAUUAUUUUUCUCAAAGCUGUCACAAGCGCUGCUGUUCCAGAGAAUAUGACUGUGGUUCUGAAAUGAUUUGGUAUUAGCUUUUUCUAGUUCAUAAAAUUUUGAAGCACUAUUUCUUAUAGGCUGUAUGGUGACAAUUUUCAAAUACCCUGCUUAAAAUGCCAAUGCUCUCUCCCUUUUAUAUGCUAACAUUUCAUAAGUGUUGGCUUUAUAGAAACAGCCUGACUCUUCAAAGUAUCUUGCCUUUUAAAAAUAUUGUUUUGGCUUCUUUGCAUACAAUGAAGCUAACUUGGUAUAGGAAGAUGAAAAAAAAAGACCUGUUUUGUGUCCAUUUGGCUCAGGAAGAUGCCUUGGUCUUGCCUUUAUCAUUAGCCCCAUUGCAGAGCAGUGCUGGCAAAUCUUAUUUUUUUUUUUUUUUUUGUUUCAAAAACCAUGCAGUGGAGAUUCUUUAGUUCUAGAAGGAUAUGCUGCAGAUCGGAUCUCAAGGACUAAUGUGACACCUGGCCUUCCCAGGCUCUUGGUCAGAGGGCUCUAUCUGCACCAAGACAUCUCCACACAGCAUCACCUUCCCUGCUAAGUUGUGGCAUUUCCCUCAGCAUGAAUCAUAAGGGAACAAGGAGAGAGAGUGGAAGGAGGAGGAGGCCAGGAUUAUUUCUCACCAAACUGGAAAGAUGAUAAAGGGAGAGAGGUGGUUUCAUAGGUUGCCACAGCCAGAAGUGGUGAAUUUUUUUUAUCGUCCUUUGGUAAACUUGUCCUUGAAGCACAGCAGAUGCAUAUGGUCCUAGAGAGGCCAGUCUAGCUUAGUGAAGGACUGGCCAGAGCUUGUGUCUCCUGGCACAGCCUUGGAGAGCCCAGGGUUGCCCCCGUGAUUGAAUUUGAGUUCUGCAAAAUGAGAGAUGAGGGAACACAUGGAGUGAAAGAGGGUAUUGCUUCCAUGGAGCUUGUUUAUAAGAGAGACUCCUGAUUAUUUUGAUUAAAUGGCUUCAUCCCAGGCUCUUUUUUUUUAUCACUUCUUACCCUCCUUUCAUCAUGAGAACUUAGCUAACCCAACACAACUUUGACUUCAGCUGAAUCCAGAUUUCUCUAUGUAAGGACAUAGGUUUCAUCGCUUAGUUCUUUGUCUAAACAAGAAUGUUAAAUAGUUGAGGAAAGCUAAGACUUUGGCAAAUGAAUUCAAGCUGAGAAACAGAAAGUUACAGGACUGUCAUCUCUGGUCCUGCUCACGAGCCUUGUGCCGUGCUUCUGGCUCAUCUCUGUGUUCAUGAAAGGUCCAUGGAUAAAUGCCUGGAGGGUUGCUGACAGGGCCCAAACCUUUUCCUGGUAGAUUACUCUGAAAUGUCUAUUAGAAGGAUUGGUCCUGAGUGAAAAUUGGCUUCCUGGCAUGGGCAGUGCCGAUGGGCCCAGUGGCCCGUCUCCUCUUGGAAGCCCGUGUGCAUGGGAAACCCCAGGAGAGAGCCGGGGCCCAGCCAGCACGACGUGGGAGGAGGAAUGUCCUCGGGUCGGUCAGCCUCCCACCGGCUUCCCGAAGAUGGCUUUAUGUUCCUUGGCUACCUUCACUUUGUCCACUUUCUCUUGAAACUCUUCAGGCCUGUGUGCCCGUAGCGGGGGCCUCCUUGUCUUCUCAGCACAGCAGCUUCUGGGCUGUUGCCGAGUUCCCCCAGAGCUAAAUGCAGUUGUUGGACAGUUUUUAUUUCCACUUAGUUAACAUUCAUUUAGAAACCAGCAAAAAAAAAAAAAAAGCAGAAUUUCAAGCAAAUAGAAGUUGAUUUUGUUUUAUACCCAUUUGGUCUUGGGCUGUUUAUAAUCAGAGAUAGGCAGGUUUGAAGCACUGCAGGAGAUUGUGCGUGUCUCAGCCCCUCUGCUGGCCAAGCAAGGUUCAUGCUGUCGGGCUUUUAUUUUUUACCAUGGAAAUAGUCUCAGCUCCUGAAGCCAUAGCAUUGAAUGGGAUUGGAAUCAUUUCUGCAGAAUUACUUGAAAAGUUCAAUGAAAAAUGUAUUGUAGUGUGCCUCUGUCUUCCUUUCUCUCUGGAACUUCUUUUACAGAUAGACCAGUACCCUGCUGGCAGCUAUUGUUUAAAAAAUAAAAAUAAAAAUUAUAUUUUCACUACCAGAAAA